ACAGCUAGCACGCAGCUUCCAUCUCAUUGAACUAAUAAACUGAUUAUAAAGUUGACUUUCAUUACAGAGGAGCAUCGAUUUUGUGCAUCAAAUUAAUCAACUACUAAUUAAGUAGCGCAUGAUCAUCAAAAGGCAAUUAAUCUCUCGUUUAAGGCAAUUAAUUUCUGUACACGCAAAUAUUUUCUUGAUUCAAAGGUAAACCACUGACUUGCAUAUCUAUAAUUAGAUAAAUUUCGAAUUGAAACUAUAGUUUAAAUAUAAUUUAGUGUAUUUCUUGGAAUCUUUGUUUGUUUUCUGUGUUUUUGAAUUGGAGUUUAGGGUAUAAUAAUUGAUGUUAUAAGUUGUUUUAUUUUCAGAAAUUUGAAAUGAAAUUUGAUUGAGUAUUAGACUAGUGAUUAGUUAUUUGAACUUGUUGCUUUGUAUUAGACUUGUUUUUCAUGGAUUUUGUGGUGUAUGGUUACCACUUACUAUUACUAAUAAAAGCUUUUGGAAAUUCUGCAUAUUGGAGUUUCUUGAUCGGUCGUGUAUAUGCAAACUGAAUUUGGUUUGUGUAUAUCGUAAGCAGAAAGUGGAUGUGUGGUUACCUCUGACUAGAAGGCGUGAAUUGAAUUUUCAUGACCGUUUUAAUGGAGAAUGGAAGCUAGAACUCCUGCAGUGCUCUCUCCCUCUCUUUUUUGUGCUGUAUUAUUUGUAUAUGGAUUUGUAACCAGUAUAUCUUAAACACAUAAAUUAUCAUCUUGUCCACAUGAGGUACUCCCUUGCUAUACUUUCCUGGCUCCCCCUGCCGAUAUGUGCAUAUCUGUGUGUGUAUGUAUCUAUAUAUGGGUGUGUUUGCAGGUUAUGAGAGAUACAGUUUGGUUUGCAGGUAAUUAAUAUGGCGUCUUCAUCUUCUGCUGCUGCUGCUGUACUAUCUCACCUCGAAGAAAGCAUGAUGUGUUCCUUAGUUUCAGAGGUAAGGACACCCGCAGCACCUUCACCAGCCACCUUCAUGCUGCUUUACUUCGAAAGAAACUUGACAUCUACAUAGAUUACAAACUGGAGAGAGGGGAUGAAAUCGGACCUGCCCUUCUAGAAGCUAUUGGGAAGUCAAAGCUUUCGGUGAUAAUUUUCUCAAAAAACUAUGCUUCUUCCACAUGGUGUUUGGAUGAACUCUUGCAUAUACUAGGAUGCAAGGAAGGGGAUGGACAGUUUGUUGUACCCAUUUUUUACGACAUCAGUCCAGCAGAUGUACGAAAACAGCAGGGGAGUUAUGCAUUUGCAUUUGCUCAACUUGAAGAACGUUUCAAGGACUGUAUGGACAAGGUGCUUGAGUGGAGGGAUGCUUUGGAGAAAGCUGCCAACCUAUCUGGUUUUGAUAAUUUAAACAAAGCCGGGACAGAGGCCGAUUUCAUUGAGGAAGUUGUCCAAGUUAUAUUGACCAAAUUGAAUUGCAAACAGUCAAGUGAUUGUACGGGCCUUGUUGGAAUUGAAACCAAAAUCGAGGAAAUUGAGUCGUUAUUAUGCAUUGAUUCACCAGAUAUUUUGACUGUAGGUAUAUGGGGAAUGGGUGGUAUAGGCAAGACCACCCUUGCUGGUGCUUGUAUUUAACCGACUCACUUCUAAAUUCGAAGCUUCUUGUUUUCUCGCAAACGUUAGGGAGGAGUCAGAAAAACAAGGGCCAAAGAACUUGCAGAAUAUACUUCUUCGUGAGAUAUUACACGAGAAAGAUCUGACUAUUGGCACUCCAUCUAUAGGAUCUAAGCUUGUCCGCGAAAGGCUCAGCCGUACAAAGGUCCUCAUUGUUCUUGAUGAUGUGAAUGAUUCAGAACAAUUAGAACUUCUAGUUGGAGAUGAUGUUCGGUUUGGUCCCAGAAGCAGAAUCAUUGUAACAACUAGAGAUAGGAGCCUACUAAAUGAAAUAGCUGGUGAGGACAAAAUUUAUGAGGUCAAGGGAUUAAAACAUGACGAAGCCCUUCAUGCUCUUUCAAAUGCACGCUUUCAAGAAUAAGUCUCGUACAACAGAUUAUACAGAGUUUUCAAGAAAGGUGAUAGAUUAUAUUAAAGGCGUUCCAUUGGCUCUUAAAACUUUGGGUGCUGUAUUCCUUCGCUGCAAAACAGAAGAAGACUGGGAUGAAGAGUUGAGAAAAUUGAAAAAGUUUCCUAGCGAAAAAGUACAGAAUGUUUUGAGACUUAGUUAUAAUGGACUAGAAGAAAAUGAGAAGGAAUGCUUCCUUGAUAUCGCAUGCUUUCUUAAAGGGAUGAAUGUUGAUUCUGCAAAAAGAAUGAUACAGUUUCGAGGUUUCUUUGCGAACGGAAUUCAAGUUCUCAUUGAUAAGUCUCUAAUAUCAAUUUCUAUGACGAAUUCCUUAGAGAUGCAUGAUUUGCUUCAGGAAAUGGGUCAGAAAAUUGUUAGCGAACAAUGUGCAGAUGAGCCCGGAAAACGUAAUAGGUUGUGGGCUCCAGAGGAUGUCUGUCAUGUUCUGGAGAAUAAUACAGGAACUGCAAAGGUUCAAUGCAUAUACGUUGACACGUCUAGCCUUACAAGGCUACAACUCUCCCGUUCAUCCUUCCAAGAGAUGUAUAAUCUGAGAUUGCUAAAGAUUCAUGGUUCUGAGGAUUUUCCAAAGUUUAUAGGUUUUCAAGAUGCUAUCUUUGGCGAGGUGUACUACAAGAUUGACCUUUCUCAAGGUCUCGAGUCUCUUCCCAAUGCUCUCAGGUAUCUUUACUGGGAGCGAUACCCUUUGAAAUCUCUUCCAUCAAAGUUUUCUCCAAACAACCUUGUUGAGCUUCGAAUGCCCUAUAGCAGACUUGAGGCGCCACUUUGGAAUAAAAAGCAGAUUCUUGGAAACUUGAAAGUGAUUGAUCUUAGUUAUUGCACACAUCUGGCUGAGGUUCCAGAUCUCUCUCGCAGUUCAAAAAUUGAGCAUAUAAAUCUUUCUGGUUGCAUAAGAUUGACACGGAUUCCUUCAUAUUUCAAAGAUUUUGACAAGCUUACUUAUCUUCAUCUGGGACACUGUGAAAAUCUAAAAUCUUUUCCUCAGAUGCCUGACAAUAUUGAAUUCUUAGAUUUAUCUUUCACGAUAAUAAAGGACUUGCCCACAUCUUCGAUUCAGUGUCUCCUUGGUCUCACUACACUUAAACUGAGUUAUUGCAAUAGGCUGGUGAGUCUACCAAAGAACAUUUGUAAGUUGAGAUCUCUUGAGAGCCUUGACCUCACUGGUUGCCUUCGAUUCAAGUACUUCCCAGAAAUUUUGGAGCCUAUGGAACAUCUGAAAUUUCUUAGUUUACAAGGAACAGCGGUUAAAGAGCUACAUUCAUCAAUAGGAAUGCUAAUUGGGCUUCAAAGUUUAAUUCUCGAUAGGUGCGAAAACCUUGAGUUUGUCCCAGUCAGCAUAUACAGUUUAAAACAUCUUAAGAAGUUGAGCUUUAGUGGCUGCCUGAGUCUCAACAAUUUAAAUCUCUCACUCGGUUUGUGCUCUUUGGAACUAAUAAGCCUAUGUUCCUGUAUUGAAUUAGAAAUCCCCAACCUCCUCAUGUUUUUACCCUGGUUACGAGAUUUAGAUCUAGGAGGAACCAAAAUUGAGAGCAUACCUUCAAGCAUCAAACGAGGUUGUCAAUUGUCUCACCUGCGGUUAAACUAUUGCAGAAACCUUCGAUCUUUACCAGAGCUCCCCGUACUAUGUAGUCUUGAAGCAAAUGACUGCAGGUCACUGACGACAGUGUCAAGUUCAAGAAAUUCACUCACACAAGCUUGGGAUAAAUAUGAAUUGUUUCGAGGGAGUUAUUAUUUUACUGAAUGCCCAAACCUGGAUUAUAAGGCACGGAGCAACAUAGUCACUGACGCACACCUAAGAAUUAUGCGAGUUGCAACUGCGCCAUCCAACUUUAAGGAAGUAGAAUGUUAUAAGGAUAUCUCUAAUGGGACUUCAGUUAGCAUUGUCUGUAAGGGGAAUGAAAUUCCAAAUUGGUUCAGCCAUCAGAACAACGGAAGUUCAAUAACUGUCAAGCUUCCUCCAGAUUGGUACGGUACAUAUUUCUUGGGUUUCGCUCUAUCUCUUGUUUAUAAACCCGGUCAAUUCAGUUCUCAUCAGCAGAGUAUGAAGUUUGGAUGUCAGUGCACUUUCAAAACUGCUAAUGGUGAAAGCCGGAAAAUCAAUUACCCUUCCUAUUUUCCUUUUAAUGGAAAAGGGUACGACUAUUUGAAGUCCGGUCAUGUAUUUGUGUGGUAUAGUGCGUUUUCCAUUGGAGAGGGAGCAUUCACUCGUUUUUACAAACUUGUCACCGAGGCCUCUUUUGACUUCCACCUCCUAGACUGUGACAGAAAUAAAAAAAGUAUAGUGGAAAUGUGUGGGAUCUGCCUAUUGUAUUCCUAAGAUGCUGAGAAAUUAAAAUUUGAUCGUAAGCAGAAGUUAGGUGUUUGACUGACAACUCAAUUUAUGGAUAUGAUUGAUUCUUUCAAUUUG